ACUCCGCCCACUCGAGCCUGGCGCGUGUCGCCGCGUCGUCGUCUUCGUUCUGAGCUCUUCUGUCUCCCCAACCAAAUCUCUCCCAGGUGCUGCUGCGCAGCUGAAGAAUUCCAUCCCCAAUUGCGUCUCCACUUCCACCACCGCUUACCGAAUCCCUUAGUCCGCCGCCCUUAUUCUCUGUCCCAAAGCAGCCGCCGCUUCCCGCCACUUGGACGCGCGCCCUCGUGAUCCCGACCGACCGAGCGAGGGAGGCGAGCUCGCCGUCUCGGUCUCAGGUUGCGCCGUGCGGCGUGCGGCCGUGCUGCUUGUUUCGCUCUCUAGGAGCGAGGGGUGGAGAGAGAGGGGGUCUUCGCGCUUUCUUGCGGGGCUGUCCGGCUGUGGGUCAAAAGCGCGGCGCUUUCCGCUCCACCUUCCCACAGCGGAAUCAAAUCUCUCAACUCCCUUCGAUGGCCCCUGAUUCGGUUCGUGGUAUCGGGGCAUGAGCUUGCUCAGAGAGAUCCCCCUUUUGGUUUGGCGUCAGGGCGCUGGGUGGUAGCGCGGUGUCUUUCUUGGUGCGUUUCACAUGUCUGAGACCUUUGAUUUCUCUCCACUUCGUGAGUGAUUCUGCAGCUGCCGCUGCUGCUGUUAGGUGUCCGCGGCCCGCGGGUCGUGAUGGGGUGAACGGAAGCGUUCGUCGCAGGGCUGGGUUAUUACGCCUGUGAGCCUGUCUGCUUCCCCGCACCUUGUUCUUGUGCCCAUACUUCUUGCUUUUGUCACGCCUGAACCGUGUCUUCUUGCAGUACCUGAGGCUUGACAAUUGGCAAGUACCAAGUAGCUACCUGUGUUUACAUAAGAUAAACCAUUUCUGGUUCCAAAGCACAAGGUGUACUGUGUGCCAAUAUUUGAUACACAGUUUCUGCUUCUUGCUGAGGUGAUACUCUUGGCUUGCUCUGUUGAUGCGGCUGCCAUGAACCACGGGAUGUUGAAUUCUGUCAAGGUGGAGAGCCGAUCAUCGGCAGUCACUGCCAAUGGCCAGCCUAAGCCAAUGGAUGCGCUCCAUGAUGGCGGCCCGCCUCCGUUCCUCACCAAGACAUACGACAUGGUUGAUGACCCAACCACAGAUGCUGUUGUGUCGUGGAGCGCCACCAACAAUAGCUUCAUAGUUUGGGAUCCUCAUAUCUUUGGGACAGUGCUGCUGCCAAGGUACUUCAAGCACAACAACUUCUCCAGCUUCGUUCGGCAGCUGAACACUUAUGGCUUCAGAAAGGUGGAUCCUGACAGAUGGGAAUUUGCUAAUGAGGGCUUUCUGAGGGGUCAGAGGCACCUGCUCAAAAACAUUAGGCGUCGGAAACCUCCACACUCAUCUCCAAAUCAGCAAUCUCUUGGCUCUUAUCUUGAGGUAGGGCACUUUGGAUAUGAUGAAGAGAUUGAUCAGCUGAAGAGGGACAAGCAGCUGUUGAUGGCUGAAGUAGUGAAACUGAGGCAGGAGCAGCAAAAUACAAAGUCGGAUCUACAGGCCAUGGAAGAGAAAUUAAAAGAUACGGAGCAGAAGCAACAGCAGAUGAUGGCAUUCAUGGCACGAGUAAUGCAGAACCCUGAGUUCAUGCAUCAACUGAUAUCCCAGCGCGAGAUGAGGAAGGGGCUGGAGGAUGCCAUCUCAAAGAAAAGAAGGCGCCGCAUUGAUCAGGGACCUGAAGCUGAUAGCAUGGGCAAUGGUUCUAGUCUGGAGCAAGGGUCGCAGGCAGUGUUUGAACCACAGGAGCCGGUGGAAUCACAUGCCAACGGUGUUCCAUCUGAUCUGGAAAGUUCAUCUGUUGAGGCAAAGGGAUUUGAGGUUCAACAAGGUGUUUCUUCCGGUGGCUCUGAGCAUCUGAAACGCAGGCCAAGUGGUGAGUUAAAUGAUGAUUUCUGGGAGGACCUUUUGCAUGAGGGGGGACUUGGUGCAGAGGCUGGUAAUGCAGUUGGUCAGGAUGACAUGAACAUGUAGCCUCGGAAGGUAGCAUACCUCAAAGAAAACAGCAUAAACACAGACAUUAGCAGCUCUUGUUUUAUCACAAUGGCUCGGGGUAUAUUACCAUCCAUUAUGCAUGUUAUAUCAGUGUUCUAGACCUGAUUGGAUCUCCUUCGGUCUAUGAAAUGCUAUAUCGAUCACAAUUGGUAAUACCUGGAUGCAGAAUGGAAGUACCUGGAUUAAUAUGUUGCUAUGGUCUUUUCUCAAGGGUCCUGGCUGACCCUGUUGCCGUCACUGUUUGAACAGAGACCAUGGUCAUGUUGCUGUCAGGCUAGUGUUUCGGUUUUAACUAAUGGUAGGGUACAACCGAGUGGCCUGGCUUGUAUAGCUUGUAUAUGUAAAGUGUUCCUUCUAUUUCUGCUGAUCUGUAGUGACCUGUUAUGUAAGAAACUAUUACACCUCGGAAUUUAUCAUUUCACUGUACAUUGCAUCAUAUCA